AUGCUUCUUGAGCAGCCGGCCACCUCUAGGCCUCUUGGGCCUAUUGCUGUUGGGCGCAGGCUCCGUUUUCUGGCGCUUGGACGAGGUUUGAGCUCCCUGUGGUGGUUCCUGUCUCUUCUGACCCACCACAAGAGGCUUGACUUGGACUUCCCUGAUGAGACGUUAGUGCGGCUGCUCAAGAGGCCUGACCGGAGGGAAGAAUCACCGCCACGAGCUACUGAGCUCUGCCUGCUGCCCGUCGUCGCCCCAGUUGAAGCCGGAGCGAGGAGAUUUUCGAUUUCCCAAGCCCUGAGGUGCCUGCGUCGUCAGCAGAGCAUCGAAGUCGGCGGUCGGAUUGUGAAGGUAGGCGCCAUGUCGCACCGCUUCGGCAAGGUACUUAGCCCGUGCGCUGCGGAGGUUGUAAGGCGUUCGGAACACCUGCGACUUCGGAAGGAGUUCUUUGCCGGCAUGCGGUUCGAAGUGCGGCGGACGCCAUCAGGAGGGGCCUGA